AUGGACAUGGAUCAAAUGAUCGACGCUCAGCAUGAGCUCUACCUACGCAUACUGCGUAGCGUGGAGAACUUGAAGAAGAUCGGGGCGAGCAAAUUGAACGCCCACACUGUCCAGGCUGCAAUCCGCGUCCUGGACGAUAAAUGGGCCAAAUUCACGGAACAGCAUGAAGAGCUCCGCGCCCACUUCUGGAAGGAGAUCAAGCGGGAGAAGUACACCACCGAGGACCUCCUCAGCAAGGUUGAGACGGCGUAUUAUGGGCAGCGCUCCGAACUCGCCGGACUGGAGGAACAGUUCGUCGAGCCUGUGGGGCCCGCCCUCGGCGAACGGGUCCGAGAGACGGCCCCGUCCCGCCGAACUUUACCGCGGAUCAACCUACCGCAGUUUAGCGGCAAGUUCAAGGAUUGGCCAGCCUACCGAGAUCUGUUUAGCUCCAUGGUCCUAGGAGACGCGUCCUUGACAAAGAUUGAACAGCUGCAUUACCUGAAAAUCAGCGUAAAGGGUGAUGCUGAACAGCUGAUUCGCAACCUGCCGUCUACUGAAGAAAAUUUGGAGGAUGCGUGGGAAUUAUUGACUACGUAUUUCGAAAAUAAACGCUUACUGGUCAGAUCAUACCUGACAGCCUUCACUUCGCUGCCGCGAUUGAAGGCCCCGUCAGCCGAUGGACUACGCCGACUGUUCCACGGCGUGCUCACGACAGUCGGUGCACUGAAGGGCAUCGGGCGCCCGAUCUCCGACUGCACGGACCUAUUCGUCCACCUGGUCGUCGAGCUGUUGGACGCUGAAACUCGGCGUGAGUGGGAGAGCUCCCUCAGAAGGUCGUCGGAGCCUCCGUCCUACGACAAGCUCCGGGAGUUCCUCCAGGAGCAACUGAUGACCUGGGAGGUCCUCCAGUCAGUGAAGACCGUAGCGCCUGCCAAGCCAACGGAGAAGUCCAGCCGCUCCUCUCGCAGCAGCCAUGUGGGUACCAGGGGGUCUGAUCCGAACCGCAGCUGUCCACUCUGCAAAAGGGAUCACUUUAUUGCUUAUUGUGAGCAGUACAAGAAGAAAACGGUUAGCGAGAAACGGGAAGCCAUCAACACUCACCAGCGGUGCUGGAACUGCCUGGGUCGUCAUCUGCUAGCCGAUUGUAAGUCGCACAAGGCGUGCGCUACAUGCUCAGGCCGGCAUCACACGACGUUGCACGACGCCUUUGCGGCUGUGGCCUUACCUGCGACUGCCUCCUCAUCUUCGACGACGACGGUCCAUGUCGCGAGGCGACCACCCCGGGAGUGUGGACCGGCGCUUCUGGCAACUGCCCGUGUAUUCGUGGCCGACCGCGUGGGUACUCGGCAUGCGGUCCGCGCGCUGAUCGACCCGGGCUCAGAAACCUCGCUGAUAGCGGAAUCCUUAGCGCAGCGACUUCGGCUCCCGCGGACCCCAUCGUCAGUGGCCAUCUUUGGAGUGGGAGGCAUCCAAACGGGCGUCACUCACGGACGAAUCACCGCCACCGUUUCCUCUCGCGAUGGACACUUUGCGCUCGCCGUCUUGCCGCUUGUCUUCCCACGCCUCACGGUGUACGGCGGAACCUCGGAGGGCGAGGCCCGUUCCUGGCCCCACCUCGACGGUCUCGAGCUUGCAGACCCGGAGUUCCACCGCCGGGAUGCUGUGGAGUUGCUGCUUGGCGCCGAUGUCUACCUGGACCUCGCUCUGCCGGAGGGCUUUCGCCGAGGAGGACCACGCGAGCCCGGUGCCCUGUUGACUCGCUUUGGCUGGGUGCUGCUGGGCGUCGUUGGAGCCGGUCACGUCGCGGCUCCCGUGUCGUCUCUACAAUGCUCUACGGGUGACGAUCUGGUAGCUCUCGUACGCCGCUUCUGGGAGACCGAAGAGCCUCCUCGGGCCGCCUUGCCGCUGACCGCUGACGAACAGGAGUGCAAAGAUCAUUUUGUGCGCACCCACGUGCGACUUGAAGACGGUCGCUAUCAGGUGCGACUACCGUUCCGUCCGGGGCUGCCGGAUCUCAGCUCCACGCGCCGCACCGCGUCACGGCUCCUCGACGUCAUGAGGCGUCGGUUCAUUCACGAUCGCGAAUUCGGUCUACUGUAUCGCGACUUCAUGAACGAGUACUUGACACUCGGACACAUGUCGCCUGUCUCAGCCGCGUCGCUCUCACCAGGUUCCAGAAUCUGCUUCCUGCCUCACCACGGGGUGCUACGGAGCUCAAGCACGACGUCCAAGAUCCGGGUGGUGUUCAACGGCUCGGCGCGUACUGGCGGCGGGUCGUCACUGAACAACUGGCUGCUCACCGGACGUAACUUGCUGCCGUCGCUAGCCGACACCUUGACUCGCUGGCGGCGACACCGCUAUGUCUUUGUCGCCGACAUCAAGAUGAUGUAUCGUCAGAUACAGCUGCACCGCAACGACCGGGACUUGCAGCGGAUCCUGUGGACAGAGGGAGACGAGGUCAAAGAAUUCCAGCUGAAUACCGUGACGUACGGCCUAGCGAGCGCACCGUACCUCGCCAUCCGCGUGCUCCAUCAACUCGCGAUCGAUGAGGUUGGCCGCUUUCCGCUGGGCGCCGAUGUACUGCGCCAGGAUGUCUACAUGGACGAUGUACUCACCGGAGCCGCCACCCUGGAUGCAGCGGACGACCUCCUGAACCAGGUGGCCGCGCUCUGUACGGCGGGCGGCUUCCCGCUUAGGAAGUGGGCUGCCAACGACGAUCGCCUUCUGGUAAAAAUCCCGCUCGCACAUCGCUUGGACGUCAUGACAGGUGCCCGACUGCCGUCUGAGAGUCACUCCGUCCUGGGCCUCCGAUGGAAUCCAAGGGAGGAUGUUCUUUCCCUCUCCGUACGACCAACCUCAACGGCUCUACCGACGAAGAGAUCGGUGCUCUCGCAGACAGCACGUCUCUUCGACCCACUAGGCUGGUUGGCGCCGAUCAUAGUACGUGCCAAGCUGCUCGUCCAAUCAGCCUGGAUACAGCAGCUAGACUGGGACGCUCCGCUGACAAGGGACGACGCCGCCGAGUGGACCCGAUUGGAAGUGGAGCUGCCCUUGCUUGAGGAGAUCAGGGUGCCACGCUGGUUCCAGAGUGACGCUGCAAACAACUCGCAACAGCUGCACGGAUUCUGCGACGCCUCCGAACGAGCCUACGCUGCCGUGAUCUACCUCAGGGGCGUGAUCAACGGGCAGCCCGACAUGACCCUGGUAGUCGCUAAGACCAAGGUCGCACCGGUCAAGCGUGUAUCGCUUCCCCGCCUGGAGCUUUGCGGGGCCACCUUCUUGGCUAAACUGGCCGAACACGUCCGGUCCUCCUUGGGCCUUGAAGGAUCGGCGGUGCAUCUUUGGACGGACUCCACAGUCACGCUCGGCUGGAUCCGAGGACACCCUGCAAGAUGGACAACAUUUGUAGCAAACCGAGUCGCCGAAAUCCACCGAGAGAACCAGGACGCAAAAUGGCGGCACGUACCCGGCAGAGACAAUCCAGCUGACUGCGCCUCCCGGGGGGUGUCGCCGAGGGAGCUGCUACGCCAUCCGUUGUAA